AAACAAAACAACAAAAGAGCAUAACAGCAUAACAACCAAAAACCAUACACAAACAAACAAACAAACAAAACAAACACAGGAUAAUUAUUCAACCAACCACCCACACACAUCGGUUAUCUCGUCGAAGAAAACAACGUCUUUCCCGGAUCUUAGCUAUACCUCUAUCCUACUACCCCUACUUACAUACUUACUUACAUACAUAUACACACAUACAUACACACAUACAUACAUACCUUACAUACCUUACAUACCUUCCGCACUCAAGGUUGGAGAAUCAAACAAUUGUCAUUCAUUCGCUUCCUUCCUAGAAGAAACGUUUUGGUUUGAGUGGUAGUUGUAUUAUGUACACCCAGGUGUUUUCCGUGUCCCCACGAGACCCAGUCGUGGUCAUGGUUCUGGUCAUCUCCGCAUAGUGCACGUUAAUAUCCAUCAUUUCAUCCCACUACCACCAUACACGUACCGUACCGUAUCUAUAGUACGCUUUCCACCCCAAAAGAAGCCAAAGCUUAUUAAAAAAAAAGGCCUUUUUCUCUUUUUUGCAUCUGCACCGCCUUUCUUGUUCUUAUCCAGUGUCAGAAGGUUAUCGUAUGUGGCAAUAGAUAGCUCUGACAGUUCACACAGAUUGGAUCCUUCUAUCGCUCCCCUCAUUCUUUCGCAAAUAUCCAUCCAUCCAUCCAUCCAUCCAUCAUCCAUCCAUCCAUACAUACAUACAUACAUACAUACAUACAUACAUACAUACUGGCACAGUCCACGAAAUCCAAGGAUGACUUUGUCUCGAACUGCUUCACCGCAAUGCUUUUGAUAUUAACAUCUCAUACACAUUUCAGAAAAGGUCCUGGAUAAGCACGCACGUACCGCACCGAAAUUAAAUAAACGAAAAAAAGGGAAGGAAAAAUUAGGAAAUACCUUGAGGAUACCUACACAUAGGCCAUGAUUGAGAAGUCCACUCCUCCAAGGGCUCGGGCCGAGUGGCCGAAUCCUAUUUCGCCGCAAAGAGUUCGCAAGAGGCCGCAACCGCAAUCAUCGCAUACUCAACGUCGCCAUUACAGUCCCAGUGCCUCACCACCUACAUCCUCACACUCACACGCAUCAUCGUCGUCGCUCUCACCGCGAUCUAGGAGCUCUUCUUUUCGACAUAACCCUAGUUAUCAUAUCCGUCUGGAUACACGUCAAGAUAGAUUUUCGCCAGGGCCCAACUUCGACUAUUUCGAUUUUCAAGCUGCAGUCACUAUCUCCCCAUCAUCUUCAUCAAUUGUUGGACAUGCCGUUGGUAUUACGAACGCUGGAGAAGCUGCUUUGAAUUUGGCGGCGCAAACCACCUUUUCAGAUAUAUCAUGGAUGACCGGUUACUCCACAGGACCGCUAAAUACUAUUCCACUCAGUCCUGAGGAUACUCUGAACCAGGAAUACUCGAACUACAUUGGAUCUAAUGGCGGUGCUUCGUUAUCGCUCCAGACUGGAGCUAUGCCUGAGCUUUCCAUGUCGUGGAAUAUCCUGAAUUCUACUACACAGUUACCUGGAGUCUCGGACUUUGAAGAUAUUUGUAUGUCGGAGGCUAACAUGGGAAACUAUGGAAGUCAUGGAAGUAUGGAGCUGGCCUCUGCUUCUGCCGUCUCGGCCACAUCCGACACAUAUAUUUUCCCUUUUGGAUCUCCAGGAGGUGCAGGUCCAUUGCUUGAUACUGGGCUGCCCUGUAUGUAACAAUUUUGCUUACUUGUGUCAUCAUUCCCACAUCUCUUCAUUGUGAGAUAUCCUAUUCGGGACAGUGUUUCACAGCAUCUCAAGUCGAGGUAAACUACUUGCUGACGACGUUGCAACAGAUUAUUUAAACCAAAACAUGACGGUCGAUCAAACAAUCCAACGCACCGAAAAUCUCAACACCGCCUUAUCUACCACUUCUGUCUUUCCUUUCGAGGAUAAUUCCGCAUCUCUACCUUGGACUAAUUUUGAUGAUUUUUUCUCCACAGAGCCCACAGCCCCUUCAGUCGCUCCACUUCUCGACACCCCGAACCUCCUUCAUAGAGGCAGAUACAUACGUUCACAGAAUCCCUGGAACUCGCAUGAUGCUCAUGGUAAUUUCUUGGGCGAGGAUUUAAACUCCGGCGUUGCAUACGAGCCUGUGUCGCCCCCACUACAUUCAUACGAACCCGAACAGUCUCCAUUACAUCUCUAUGAGCCCGAACAAUCUUCUUUACCCUACGAGAUGUCAUCCCCAGUGGUUAACGACAGCUUGAUUGCACCCGGACAGAGCCAAUCAAGCAACGAUUUAUAUCAGCCAGAAGCAACAAAUACCAAUUGCUUGGACGAGAGUGAUGCAUCGACCUCUUAUUCGAACACUUUGUAUACUCCUUCCCAUGGCUCGCCAGUAUCGCAUCAUUCUCCGCAUCCACAGGGCUCACAGUCACCGCCUUCUUCAAGUGACGUGGGUAAUCAUUCACAUGUUUUUAGUGCCUUCUCCGAGCCUCAGAAGGCUAAAGUUACGAAGGGUCGUGUAAGGCCGUUGACGGAUAAAGAAAAGCGGGAGGCUAGAGAUGUAAGGCAGGCGGGCGCUUGCUGGGCUUGCCAUCUUUCGAAGAUUAAGGUGUGUAGAAGGAAAUCCCCUCUACAUAUUAGGAAAUGUUGCUGAUUGUUUCUCGUCUAGUGCUCACCUUGUUCUCCUGGCUUUCCUUGCGAACAAUGUACCAGGCUUUCUGGGAAGAGAAGGUUUUGUCUCCUACCAUGUUUUAAUGAUCCAGUCGAAAUGCUAGAUAAGUUCUUAGUACCUGGUAUGUUUUUGUGAUGUCUUCAGUUGUGAUCUCGGACUAAUAAAUAAUAGAAAAUUACUUGAGAAUGUACACAGCUGAGAAUACCAAGAGAUUCAUUUCAAAAAACGCAGAUAGAUGGGGAACAGAUGAGAUGAUUGUGCGAUUAAGCUGGGGAUAUCGAGUCCCACUAAAAGUUACCGUUGUCUCCCUAUCGGUACGAGGAUCGACUUCUAUCUUUCGAUAUCAGCAUCAAACAUACAUCAACGCAUCAGGUAGACCGACUUUCACGAGAAAGAAGAGUCCACCACUUGGUAUCCCGAUUACGCCAAUGGAGGAGAGACAGGAUGAAUAUGCUCGAUAUAUCAAGGCAAUUGUUCAGCAUGAUUUAGAUGAAUAUGCCAAGGUAGCAUAUGAACCGGGGGAAUCAGAUCUAGCAAAACGUAUACUCAAGACGGUAUGCCAGUUCUACACUGCUGGCGUGAAAGCCGAUGACGAGGUAAGAGCCCUUCUUCUGAACGAAUGUUCUCUACGCUGCAUAUUUUGUCGUUCUUGGAUGCAUUCUUUUGAGCUUUGGCUGCUGGCCGGUCUUUGUCUUAGAUUUCUGGGCUUGCUCUUCAACCAAAUCGGCAUUCGCCGGCAUUCAUUCUGAUGGUUCUAGCAGCUGACAACCACAGUACGAACUUCUCCGCGAAGCCUUAGAAAUCCACAUUGCAUGCGCUAUUCUUGAGCGAAGCUUAAUUCUCGACGACGAAUCGACCAAUUUGGUAGGAGGAUGCCUAGGGGAAAAUUUCCCAGCAGACUCUUCUCCAAGAUGUGCAUCCCGUCAAAUCAAAGUAGCCUUUUUCCUCUCGCAACAAGAAAGAAUCAAAGAAGUCCUCAAGGAAUGGGGCCAAAUGAUGUGGACUAGUAAUCGAGCCACUGCGAAUGAACGUAAAUGGGCCAUUGCGUUCAGCGUCUUACUCGUCUUGACACUCGUCAUGGAUAAGACGUUGGGUCUUUCAUAUUGCAAGUACGUCUUCCCUUGAAUUCGAUAGUCUCAAACCAUAAUGCUGAUUCGUGAUUACAGUGCCGAAUCCAGAAUCAAACAUGGCGGUAAAGAAGCAGAGAUUGAGCGACAUGAAUUCCGGGAGAGAGUAAAAGUGACACAGACAAACUUAUUCGAAAGAUGCAAAGAAAUUCUUCAUUCGAAGUUCAAGACACGAAAAGGGGGUAAAGAGAGUUUUAAUCCCAUUCGCGACGGCGAUGGCGCAUGGCGCGGCAAAGUUAUCGAUGAAAGGAUUGCUGGAUUUGUACAUGAUGUGAAAAGUGUGGUUCGAGAUAAUGGUAUGUUUCUCCAAUUUCUCUUCUCCCCUUUCCUCAGGUUCAUUUCUGCUUCUGCGAGCAAAUGGCCGAGACAGGUAGAUGAAUUGUCAUACGAAAACAAUGAACUGAUCGUGAGACUAACGUUCUUCAUUCGAAAUAGAAACUCAAGUUCGGUCUUGUAGAGCUAGGGCCUCGAAGAAUCCACGGGAUGAUCCAUUGCCGUUGUCUCCGAAGGUCGACGAAUCACCGUACACGGACGCGGCCCGGUUAGCCUGUGUAUUUUUGGAUGAUUUUCUGGAACAUUAAAAUUUUGCGCUUCGGCUCCAGAUGCCCAGGGAAAAUUCCCCAGAUUUAUUGGCGAUCCGAUUUUGGCAGGUGCAUGGGUUGGGUUUGGGAUCGGGUGGACCGAUUUGAAAUAGAAAUGUGUGAGAAUUGGGAAGAAAGAGGGGUGGAUUUGCUCAGGACAGGAACCUUGAAUGAAUGGGACCGGGAGUCGAUUCGCGAUGGUUCAGGGGGAAAGGGAUGCUAUUUUUGUAUUUGAUAUGAUGAUCAUGAUCUUGAUGAUGAAUGACGAUGGGUAACGAACGAUUCAGUUUUGGAGCACAAGCUUAAGAUUACGACGAAUUGGGAAAUGAGUGUGCGAGAGAGAGGAAGAGGGAGAGGGAGAGAGUACGGUAGGGGCAUAAUUUUCUGAGGUCCGAUCAAAUGAGAACGAACAGAUUAAUGAAUGAAUUUGACUCGAAACAUAAAAAUUAAUUGAUGUUGUAUAAAUAUGAUGUAUGUAAG